GGGGGUGGAGGCGGGCUGUUACGGAGAAAUCAGUCCCUUCAGCCCUGUGGUGCAUACCGCUCUUCUCCUCAGGAUACACACUGGACUGUGUGAGCGUGAUUAAAGAGAGGAUCCACAUCAUCAACUGUACACAUCCCACAAAGGGAACAGGCACAAGCAAAAAUGGAAGAUUUCUACUACGACGACGAGGACUCCGGCUUAAAUGAAAGCUAUGAUUACAGUUAUGAGCACAGCGUUUGUGACAAGGAGGAGGUGCGCUCUUUCGCCGCCGUCUUCCUCCCCGUCAUCUACGCCCUGGCUCUGGUGGUGGGCCUGGCUGGGAACGCCCUGGUAGUGGUGGUCUACACAUCAAAGGUGCGCCUACGAACCCUGACAGACGUGUGCAUCCUUAACCUUGCCAUUUCGGACCUGCUGCUUCUCUUUACCCUGCCUUUCUGGGCGGCCGACGCUGUCCACGGCUGGAGGUUGGGUUCAGCAGCCUGCAAGCUCACCUCCUUCCUCUACAGUACCAACUUCAGCUGUGGCAUGCUGCUACUGGCGUGCAUCAGCGUAGAUCGCUACUGUGCUGUGACCCACAAUCCAACGGGCAGGACUGGAACAGGUCCCCGCAUUAGGAGACAGUGGCUCCUGGUGUGUGUAGUGUUGUGGGCUGCAGCCAGUGUUCUGGGCCUUCCGGAACUUGUCUUCUCCACAGUGAAGCACACCCAUCACAGGAUGGCCUGUACAGCCGUCUACCCUCCCAGCAUGGCCCGACCUGCAAAGGCUGCCCUGGAGCUGCUGGAGGUGACCCUUCGAUUCUUGCUACCCUUCUUGGUAAUGGUGGUGUGCUACAGCUGCAUAGGGCGGGUGCUGAGCCGGGCAGCUGGGGUGCGGAGGGAUCGGAAGUGGCGUGCCUUGCGGGUCCUGCUGGCUGUGGUGGCUGUGUUCCUGCUCACCCAGUUGCCCUACAACAUGGUCAAGCUGUACCGGGCGAUGGACAUCAUCUACAUCCUCGUGACCGACUGUGACGUCAGCAAGAGCCUGGAUCGUGCUCUCCAAGUCACAGAGGGCCUGGCGCUGACCCACGCCUGCAUAAACCCUGUCCUCUACGCCUUCAUCGGCUCCUCCUUCAGGGGACACGUCCUCAAGGCUGCCAAGCGCCUUGGGCAGCGCCUUGGGAGACACCCGAGACACGUCAACGAGGAGCCGGCGGUGGAGAUUGCACUCAACAUGCGCACUCAAACGCAAUCCCAGUCCGGUUCAGAAGACCAAGACACCAGCACCUUUACUAUUUAAGACUCAAAACAUGUAUCCAUGUCUGUGUAAGCACCUAUACAAAAUGAUACUUCUAUGUGUUAUUUGUCUUCUAUGUUCAUGAUAAUAUCAGACGUAAAGUAUCAUUUUACUAUUAUACAAGAUAGACGCUGAUGACCAGAAAUAUUAACUCAGAAUGUAACUAAUAUGUAUAUACAGCAAGUUUAUGUGCACUAGCUAAGCAAAGUAUUUUGUAUGAAUUAUGUAUUUUGUUAAAUAAAAGAACAAAGAUCUUCAGUGAUGCACAUCAACAAGCAACUGUUGCAAUUAAAUGCAGCUGAAAGUCAAGAUGCUCUGAGCGCUUCUCUCUGCUCACGACAAAUCCAGUUCAACCUUACGGUCUGCGCUGCCUUCCAUGAGAUCAUCUGCGUCGCAUUUUAUUACAUCCCGUGGCUUCGGGUAGAGAUGACGGAUGGCUCUAUUGCGCAGUGGGUGACCCAUUGUGGAGAAAAACAUUUGGCAAAGAUAAAACAGCACACAGCAUGAAGGGGUCCUUCAUGUUGUCAAACUGGGAGACAGGAAAGCGGCAUGUUCCUCAGAGGAGCCUCAAGCGUGACUGGUGUUUUUAUUCACUCUUUUUAUUUCAGUAAUACGAGCUACAAAGAGAUAAUGUUUUGCAGUGGAGUGCGAUCCGCAGUUCUGAAAUUACAUUUUAGUGUUGUAUCAAUGCUCUCUCCAGGCUGCUACUUACUCAAAGCCAUCAUGUAAUGCUACGCUCAAGCUAACCUAAUACAGUGACCACAUACAAAAUCCAGGCUCGGAGCGCUGGAUGGCCACAGUCCAAGAGUUAACGGUGCUUUAUUCAGGCCUGUUUACACUGCUGCAGCUGUGACAGAGAAGGGACAGCUCCAUUUGGCAAACCCUCCAGACCUGUCCACCACAGAUGACUUUUAAGCUUUUCAAUGUUUACCAUUGAAAACAUCCUCUUUCAACUGUAAUGGCUCACAGUUUGGAUGCGUGGGAGCCGGACUCUACGCAAGGCAUGAACGAGGUGUGUCUGGCGACAGAGACAAAAGUUUAGGCUACAGUUUCAACAGCAGUCUCCGAGAGGGAGAGGAGGAAUGACCGUGUCUCCAGGAAAAACAAGUAUUGAGUUGCACGUCAAGAGAUUAAAUGAGCCAACAAAAAUGUUUUCGUUCCUGUGUGACCCCUUUUAGUUGUGUAUGAAUAAGCCAUCGUAAACUCUCUACAUUAUGCUUUGCAUUUGAGUUCAUUGUAUUCUG